GUAGCUAUGUUACCAUGGUUACUGCCUGGCUCUGCAUCUGACAAGCAGGCCGGGCAACAGGGCCAGGGGUUGGUUAGGCACAGCAUGUCAAUGACCAUGACAUGAGGCAUGAUGGCAGUAUCAACAUCGAUCAAUGAAAGCCGGGAGUGAUAACUCAUACCAGCCGAAAGGAGUAUUUCAAUCAUCUUCGAUCCACUGUACUACAUGGUACUGGGAGUCUCUCUUUCUCUCUCUGAUCUCUCUCUUCAUAAUCCUUCCAGAAAUUCUGCUUCGGAAGAGAUCAGGGACAUAAUCAAUCAUUGCACAUGAUUUGAGUAUGAUCGCCAACGCCUUACCGGUAAAUGCACACUUAGUAGCAACCGCGCCGCUGCAGAAUGAUUGUGUAGUUGGUAAAGCACUAAAGGUAGCGUAGAGUCGGUUUCUGGUCACACAUACUACUACUAAAGAAGUCAUCACUAAUCUUCAAGAUCAACAUGGACUCUGGUGAAUCACACACGUCGGCUGCAAGGCCGCGCAAAGUCCGAUCAUCGCCUAAAAAGCAGAGCGUCGAGCGACCAGAAACAUCUGUGAGCCGCAAUUCUGCUCAUCACCUCUCUCAGCCGCAAAACGCCGCCACUGGAGAGCGACGUUCUCUGUGUCCUACUCCUAAAGUUGCUACUUUGGUUUUGCUUGGUAGUUGUGCUGCCAUUCUUCUUCUCUUACAAUGGAGUAGCAGAGGAUAUUAUUCCUAUUCUAAUAGUCCUCGGGCGCGGCAGUCCAGAACGACGGUCGACGCAGGCGGAUGGAACGUACCGGAUCGCAAAACUGUCGUGAACAUUGGCACGAACAGGUGCACCAUUGAUAGGCUCUGGCCUGACCAGAUAACAACCAAGUUGUUCGAAGAAAAGUAUCAAUAUCGGCGUCCAUUGAUACUGCGCUUUCGAGAUGGAAGUGACGGCUGGACAGAUUCAAAGAGGUGGACAAGGAAAGAACUUCUCCGAGUUUACGGGAAGCAAAUAGUAGGGUCGGGACGGUCGGAAGAUAUAGUGAAGGAUGGUGGC